GCGCAACAAUGGGCAUCUAACCAUGAAAUUUUCCAGAGUCAGCAAGAGGCUCAUGAUAAUCUGCCACCCAGGCCCGACCAUGCACCGCCAAUUGCAGGAUUAGGUCCGCCAGGCACAGGAGCUAUUAGGUGCGAGUUUAUCCCAGAGCAAAGCAUAUCCCAGCCCAAUUGCCGAUAUGUAGGCACAGAUUUGAGGCGGAUUCGAGAACAUCUCAGGGUUAUACAUAAUUGGGACUUGGAACUCAAGGGG